GGCCCAAGGAUUUGGGGGAAGGUCCAAUUUGGCGAUGGAGGGAACGAUCGGGGGUCCCAUCGUUUCCUUGAAAACCAGCGAACGAGAAAUGUUCGAAUUUUGUUCUCCGGUGUCGCCCUCGAUUUGGAGUCCUCUGCUGCGCUCGACCGAUCGACCUCGACCGAUCUGGACGUGCGUGGGCCGAUUGCACGAGAGUGGAUUCUACUCGCCGCAGUCCAGGUUUGUGGAGUUGUCGAGAUUUGGGAGAAGGUUAGAGGGGAGCGAGACGGAUUCACAGGCGGAGGUUAGAGAACAUUAGCGGCCCUUGGAGUGGGCUGCUGCUGCAUCGAUAGGUCUGAUCCGAAACGGAGAGGAGGAAGAAGAAGCAGAAGAAGAAUCAAGAGGAGGAGGAGAAGUAGACGAGAGAAUCAUGGCUGGUAGAUAUGGAGACAGUCUGCUCAUUCUGGGGAUAUCGUUCGCAUCUGCAUGGGUGUGCGAGGGAAUCUCAUGGCUGCUCAUCUACCGAACCACUUCGUACAAAAGUCUCCGAUCGACCAUCGACCGAACCAGUAAGAAAUUGGAGAGCAUGAAAAGCAACACGCCGACCGUCGCAGCUACCAAAAAGUCCAAGGCGAAGAAGAUGGAUCGCUUCGAGACGAGCUUGAAGGAGUCUUCUCGAGAUCUGUCCUUCUCCAAGUUCAAGUCCGGAGCGGUCGUGGCUAUGGUGCUCGUCGUCGUCUUCGGACUUCUCUCUUCUCUGUUCGAGGGCAAACCCGUGGCCAAGCUCCCCUUCGUGCCUCUCAAUCUCGUCCAGGCCCUCUCGCACAGGGGAAUUCCCGGUGACGACCCCACCGAUUGCUCCAUGGUCUUCCUCUACACCUUGUGCUCUCUCAGCAUUCGCUCCAAUCUCCAGAAGUUUUUAGGGUUUGCACCUCCCCGCGGAGCUGCCAAUGCGGGUAUGUUCCCCAUGCCGGACACCAAAGCCAAGUAGUUGUUCAUGUCGGGAAGCAUGUGAAGCAUUCAUCCUUCGGCAGGUGGAAGGGAGCCAGCCAGCCACACAUUUGUCUGUUAUCAAUCACAGAGCAGAAGAGGAGAUCUGGUACCAGGGUCUAGUUUUGGGCUCUUGGCCGGAUGAUGUAAGUGCGGCUUGUAAUUCUAGCACGGGGCAUAUUGAGAUGUCUCGUGUAAACUCCAUCAGCUUAAGAUGGUUUAGGUUGAUAGGUAGAUUCUUCCUGCCCUAGCCCCAGACGACGUCACUACUUGUUUCGAUCUGAUGUUGGUGCGCUGAGCAGAGCAUAGCUCUCACUUUUAUUCUAAACCUGAAAUUGUUAAGUUCAUCUUGUGUCUCUCGUGGGUGGAUUAUCACUACACGGACUCGGAAUCUCUUUUUUUCACAUCAUGAAUUUUAUCAACGCUCUUGGAUGAGAUUCCAGCCAUUGCAUCUAGCUGUCACGUCGGACGUAUGCUGGUUGAGAACCUUGUCUCAAGCUUGGUGAGUGCAAAUCUCGUCUUCGGCCGUGGUGUCCAUCUGAAAGGUUUUCUCUCUGGCAAGCUCUUACCUUUGCUUGAGUUGAAGUCAAAGUGAUCAUUCCAGCCAGGGCCUACUUCUGUAGUUCACUUUUUUGAGUGUUCAUUCUCGGUUAUUUUGCUCUCGACAUUUUUCCGUUUUCAGAAAUGAAGGAACGUCCUAAUUAUGUUGAAACGUAUAUUUUAUGGGGUCAUGAAGAGAAUAAGAUGAGUGGCCACCCACUUAAUUCAUGAGCUACAGCUGUGUGGAUACGGUCUGUCAAUCGCCUUGAUGUAGUAGAGUUGAUCCUGAAGAAAAGAGUCCUCUCCUUGUUUGACGAAGAUUGCAACAAUCUGGGCGAAUAUCUCCAGCCCAGGAGGAUGUGUGUUGUUUUGACACAAAGUCGUUGCCAUAUCUUACUUUUCAGUAUGCAGGUUCUCUGUUCUCAAUUUUGAAAAGAAGUUAUCGAAGAUUUUGCAUUGAAUUCUCCCCUUGCAAGCUUCACGCCAUCUUUUGUUCAUGGUAGCAGGGUUCAUACACGAGCUUCUUGGAAGGAUAAUUUGUGACAUUUGCAGGUGAGAGCUGAAGCUCAGGAUUCUAGUGCUUACCUGUGAAGAUGAUGUUGUUUUCUCGAAUCUCAGACAGUUCAAGAUUCCGACAGGGCGCUGCCUCUGGAUGUUGCCCCCGGCAGAAGCCAUGAGAAUGUCGCUCGGUGCU